AUGUUCCAGCAACUUCCCAACUUUGAGGGCAACGUUCUAGCGUCCAACUCCAUCCGGGAUGAGGAGCUGACCCCUGAGAGCCUCUUUGGGCUGUAUUACGGGGGGAGAGUCUCUCCCUCGCGGUUCCGUGCUGCCCUGGAGAACAUCGCGGCCCACAACGUCCUGGUGGAUCUUUAUUAUUUCUUCAGUCCCGCUCGGCAUUUCGACUCGGAGAGGCUGCAGGAGGGAAAGGCCAGGCUCCUGCAGCAGCUCACCGCCCUGGUCCGCAGCAUCGAGAGCCGAGACUUCCAUACCGCCCGGAAACUCAUGGGACAGCUCCUCCAUCCACUACAGGAUUUUUACAGCCACAGUAACUGGAUAGAGUUGGGUUUCAGACGUCCCAACAGCAACCUCCUGAUCGCAGACCGGGACCUCGGGCCCAGGGCAGCGGAAGACCAGCCGACCUGUAGCGACUGUGACAGCACCGUCUGUCGGGAUAACAUCCUGGAGGGAAUCCAGUCCAGGAAACUCCUCACCUCGGGAUAUUACGGCAUCCCCUUCAUCAACAACAAGCCCAAAGGUAAAUGCAGUCACGGGGGAACGUUUGACUCAGGCAGUCAGUCGGUCCCGAGGGGAGGCAUUAACAAGGACGACUUGGGCUCCUCUCACGGUUACCUACACCUCCAGGCAGCGGAGGUGGCCACCCAGGCAGCGGAAGAGGCGUUUCAGAGGGUCCGGGAGGCAGUGGGAGAUCAACUCUUCGCACAGUUUUUGAACAUUGACCCCCCCCUGUCGCUGGGGUUUGUGAUUGACACGAGUUGGGAAAUGUCGGAGUUUCUCCGGGAUAUUCAGGAGAGAAUCGUUUCCAUCGUGGGAAUGGCCCCAGUGCCAUCGUCCUACAUCGCAGUCACCUUCAAUGAAUCAGGUGUUUCCCCCGUGUUUAAAACCACAGACCGCGAGGUUUUCCAACAACACGUCAACGCUCUGACAGCAACCGUAACCGACAGAAUCCCAGCCAGGAGUCUGACUGCAUUACAGCUCGCUCUGACAAACUCCGCGCCCAAUUCCCAAAUCUACGUUUUGACGGAUGCUCCAGCGAAGGACACGGAGUUGGAGAACACAGUCCAGGCCCUUAUUGAGGAGACGCAGACUCAGCUUUUCUUCCUGAUGAACAGCCCCCUGCUCAGGCGGAAGAAGAGGGGUUUCUUCGGAAGGUUCCGGAACGCGGCUCAGCCCGGGCUCCAGCUUUACCAGAAACUGUCCACGGCGUCAGGCGGGGAAUCUCUCACCGUCUCCAGGAGGGAGCUCCCGGAGCUGGACUCCAUCAUCGAGGAACCCUCCGGAGGGGACAAGGUCACUAUCCUGCACAUCUCCGGCCCGUCCCCCCAAGUGGCCAAUCCUGUCACGUUUUACCUGGACGGAACUCUCCGGAACGUCUCCAUCUACACCUUCGGAUCAGGUCCCGGCAUCACCCUGACCAAUCCCAUCGGUCAACACCAGUCCCUCACGGAACGUUCCGGAGUCCUUGCCUGGGUGAAAUCCUGCGGGAACCUGCGAGUGGUUCACCUCCGCUCUCCGAUCCAGGCAGGAGCCUGGGAAAUGGGGUUCCGAGGAGAAGGGACGCGAAGCCUCCGAAUUAUCGGACGGAGGGCCACCCUCAUGGUCAGAGUGAGUGGCCUGAGCCUGUUCCCUGCCCCCAUGGUGACUGCGGUCACCCUGCUGGACAUUGAGGGGGUGACCCUGGAGACGGGAACGUUCCGGAAUGUGCCGGUGCCGGGGGCUGACACCUUCCUGGUGGAGAUUGGGGAGAUCCCGAGGGUCCCCUUCCUCGUGUUGCUGUGGGGUGGGGACGGAGCCGGGAAUGUCUUCCAGAGACUCUCCCCCACCCUCUGCUCCUGCUCCCGCUCGGCCCUGAAGGUCCAGGAGAACGAGACGGUCCAACCGGGAGGGCCACUGGGGGUAACGUUUACCCUCCAAUCAGACGCUCCGUCUACGACGUACUAUCUCAUCGUCAGGAAUGACCGAAACUGGACUCAACGCGUCAAUCCGUCCAGGGUGACCAUUGGGGGUGGUGAGACGGUGGAUGGUGUGGCCGAAUUCACUGUCCCCACGGGAACGCCCGCAGGAACCACUCUCACCGUCACCAUCGAAGCCUCAUCGCCCAACAGCGGGGACUUUAACCGGGAGGUGGUUCGCCUGACGGUGAUGGAGGAGGUCGCUGACCUCCUGUCUCCGAACUGCAGUGUCACCCGCCUGGUCAAUCCCUGCCCGCUGUCCCCUGGCGCUAACUGCAGUUCCACGACCUGGCAGCUGGAGGCGCUCCUCUCUGACUCGGGGACGGGUAUCCUCAGGGUUUACAGUCGCCCGGGUAACGGCACCCUGGAGACCCGCCCCGUCGGGCCGGAGAGCACCGCGGCCAAUUACAGCGCCUCCUGCUGUUUCCCCGAGGUAGAGCUCAUCGCUGUCGAUGGAGUUGGGAACGUUGGCAAGUGUUCCGUUAGGUGUGAAUCAGACACAGACCGCAAAGACCCCGAUUCCCGGUAA